GCAGUGUUGCAGCAGUGCGAGAUAGGAAAGAGUUUUGCAGUGUGGAUAUAGACCGGCAAGCUCUGUUGUAGUGCAGAUUUAGACCCGCAGGCUUCUUUGUUGUGCAGAUUUCGAUCAGCAAGAUUCCUUGCAGGCAGCAGUGUAGAGUUAGGCCAACAGGCUCCGUUGUAGUGUAGAUUUAGAUCGGCAUGCUUGUCUGCAGUGUGGAUUUAGCACAGUGCAGGACGAUCAGCAGGUCAACUAGUAGUUUUUUUUGCGUGUGUGAGGGGAACAGUGUCAUAACCCAUACACCGUGUUUGUGUGUGGAGCUCAUCCUGAGGGUGGCUGCUUGCGGCCAGUUUCUAUGUUCUGUCGGUUUUGCGUUGGGUGUGGAGCGGACGUGAAGCCAGUCAUUGCUGCUGUGGUGGCCAUUGUUUCUCUGGUCUCCGGUGUAUGAGUGGUUUGCUUUGAUGUUCUCUCGGUGGUGGUGCUGGCCACUCGGUGGUGGUGACUGAUGUGGCUGUUGUUGGUGUAGUCUCUACUUGCACCCACUGAUCUCCAUAGUGCUGUUGGUGACUGAUUUUUUUUAUAUUUUUUAUUCUUUACUAGGGAAUUCCCAACAGGCGUCUUUGCCUUUUUACAGGGAACCCUGAUGUGGCUGUUGUUGGUGUAGUCUACUUGCCCUCACUGAUCUCCAUAGUGCUGUUGGUGACUGAUGUGGCUGUUGUUGGUGUAGUCUCCUCUACUUCCAGUGGUCACACACACUCAUCUCCGUAGUAGUGGCAGUUGUUCUCCUUACCUCCUGUCCUGUGCUGAACUCUAGUGUGUGUGUGUGUGUGUGUGUGUGUGUGUGGUGGUCAUCUCUCUUCUAGUUCCCUCUCCUGAUUGCUGCUGGUUCACCUGUGUGUGUGUGUGUGUGUGUGUGUGUGUGUGUGUGUGUGUGUGUGUGUGUGUGUGUAUGUGUGUGCGCGUAGCUGUAUCAAUCGGGCAAUCUGCACUCAGCUGGUGUAGCUCCUGUCACUGCUUCUGCCUGUACUCGCGAUCUCCAGCGGCGGUACUUUCGUUCUUGUUGUUGUCAGUGGUUACUGGUGGAGUUGUUGUCAUUGGCUACUGGUGUAGUUGCUGUUGUCACUGGUGUAGUUGUUGUUACCGGUUGCUGGUGUAGUUGUGGUAGUUGUUGUUGCUCACGUUCACUACACCGCGCCUAGCACUGCGUUCUAUAUUGGCUGACGUACGACUAGCAUGGAGAGACUGGAGAGGUUGGAUAGCACCGAGGGCAGUGAGGCUGACAGUCGCGGCUACUUCAGGUCAAAAUGGCAGAAAGCAGCCUCUUUCCUCGGCCGCAAUAGUACGACGAAAGUGGACAUCGAGCAAGAUGGAUCACAGAAGGUACACACGCCGCCCCUGCAGAAUGAGGGGCAUCGCAUGCGAUCAAACUCGGAGAGUGCAUCGCGCAUUACAUCAAUUAUGCCUGCGCGUGGUACUGCCAGUAAGGGGAUCAGUGGGAAGACGUCGCUGACCUCCCUGGCCGGCAAGGACACUCCCAGCUUGUCACCGCUAGCCAAGUCGGAACGCAAUCGUCCAGCCUCGUCACCAGCUUCGUGUGAAGAGAUAUAUGGAAGUGACAGUGGCAGUAAAGGCGAGGUGUUCUGCACUUCCUCUCAACACAACACCGGGGACGAAGACGACAUCUGCAUUCCACAUACCAGGUCCAUGCACCGCGGCCAGAGCCGAUCGCUGUGCAUGGAGAUACCGGUGGCGCUGCAGGAGCUGCCCAACGAACAGCUAUCUGCCGGCAGUGCUAGCGCCACGACCAGCACGACGAGUGCGAGCGUAGGUACAGCGCCUGCUGCUGCUGCUACUGGUGGUGGUAGCAGCAGUGUGACGACAAGUCGCCGAAGCAGCGCUGCUUCAGCCAACGUUGAGCUACCGCUGCGCCAAUCCGCCGGCCCGACCGUAUCCACGAGCAGUGCGGUGUCCGUCGACAGCCCUGCAUCCACGCCAAUCUCCGAACAGGAAGACAAGGCCGACCUGGCUCGCGCAUCUGGCAAGUUUAUACGCAACUCGCUAGGCUCCGAAACCUCCGUGAGCAUUCCACCGUUGGAGGAAGGCAUCGAGACCACCACCUCUGCCCCGUCCUCGCCCAAGUCCGACAAAUUCACCGACAGACCUGGACCGGAUCGGUCGCAGCAGCCGUCAGGCAAGUCGAAGCCGUUUGUGCGCUCAACGAAGAGUGUCGGCUACUCGCUGGACGAGGAUAACACGCAGCAGAAGUCGCGCGACGUCCGUAAGGUGAAGCUGACCUCGCGGCCCACGGCACCUGCCGAGACGGGCAGCAACAUUCGCGACGAGAAGUCCCAGGUGCUGCUGGAGCGCAUCAAUACGCUGACGCGCCGCAAUCGCAUCAUGUCCAUGCGCCGGCGCGGCUGCAGUGACACGACCGUCAACGCCAUCCUCACCGCCGAGUCCGUCGGCACCAUGGACUUCACACGCAUGGCCAUUGCCGGCUUUGCCGACGGCGAGAAGACGUAUCGCAACACACUUCGCACUGUCUACUUCAACUACUGUAAGCCGUUGCAAGCGCUUGCCAACACAUCGCAGCCGAUCUGUAGCGCACACGAAGUGGAGACGAUAUUUCUGAACAUGGAGGAUCUGUACUCGUUGCACAAUGCCAUAACGUUGUCUCUGGAGCCACUCGUCAACUCCGACUUCCAGAGGUUGACCACUCUGCCGGACACGUUCAAAGUGUUGUUGCCCCGACUUGGCCUAUACAAAACGUACAGGAAUAACUUCCACACAGCGAUAGAGACCGUCGGUCGACUGAGGGUGGAAAGCCCAGCCUUCCAAUCGUUCCUCGAUAAUGCGUCACAGAUUAAGAUCAAGGGUCGGAGAGUCGAGCCGCUGGAAGAAAUGUUGCGUGCACCCAUGGUUCGACUGGACAACUAUUGCUCCCUUCUCAGCGAUCUCUGCUCCAGUGAUUUGAUGCCUGAAGCCGAGGACAAUAGCAGUAGCUAUGAUAUAGGAGAGCUGAAAUCGUUACUCGCUCAACUCACCAACUACAUUCAAACGAUGCAAGACCCGGGCAAAGUGCAAGGAAAGCAGAAGUGGGAAAGGAAACUUGUCAAGUCAGCGGUAUGCGUUGAGUUACACGAGAGCAAGCGUAAAUUCCGACAUGUAUGUCUCUUCAAUGAUGCCAUCUUGUGUGCCACACGGGCACGGACGAAAAAUAAGAGUAGCUCACAAUGUCCACACGACUGCAAGUGGUUCUUGCCUCUAGAGGAGCUGACGUGGCAUCCACUCCAGGAUGUGUCCAUGGACCCCAUCAUACCAGUCACACCAACGACGGCAGCGGAGAUCAGCCAGUGCCAUAGCAAGAUUAACAAGUUAAAAGGCGAACUCAAGCACAGCGAAGCGGGCAAGAAGAAGUUUGGUUUGAAGCAUGACCGAGAAAGAAAACGCAAGAAUCUCCAAGAUCUGGAGGUGAGCUACAAGAUCAUGCAGCACAAUCAGGUCCUACGUCUGUUCUCGCGCACCGGCAAAGUACGGACGUUACUCUUUGUGGAGCAAGCAGAAAUGGGCGACUGGACUACAACUAUUGAAAAUUGCCAGGCAGGACUAAGUCAGCGACCGACAUCCGUAGCGUCAAUCUCAACAGUCGACAUCAAUCACAUGCUUUUCUUAGCAAAGAGCUCGUUGCAAAAGCAUGAAGAGGAAGUCAAAGCGUUUGUUGAGGAUGAUGAUGUGGAGCUUCUCGAUGGCUUACUUGUGGUACUAGUGGACUGUGCGUAUGGUCUCAAGUCCAAGGGAAAGACAGAGGUCUUCAGUCAACUGGAAGUGGACACAUACGGUCGACUGGAGCGCAAAGCCAAGACGAAAUGUGUGCAGUACAGUAUCAAGCCAGAGUGGGAUCAGGGUUUCGAAGUAGAGCUUGAAGCAGCACACUCGCUGACUGUGCAGAUCUAUGAAUCUAGAAUGCUCACCGACAACGGCAUUGCCAAGGGCAUGAUCGAUCUGGUCAACUCUGGUCUUCUGGAUCAAGAAAUUCACACGAUCGACUUACCGCUUCAACCUCAGGGCCAGUUAUCUAUGAAGCUACAGUACUUGACACCGGAGAUGAUGUUGAAACGUAGUGAGAUGAUGAAGGCUAACACGACGACGGCUGUGUUCGGAGUACCGUUGGAGUUUGUCACAAUGCGUGAGAGUACCCUUGUUCCAAACAUCGUACGGCUCUGCGCUCAGGAAGUUGAGCUUAGAGGUUUGGAAGAGACCGGCGUUUAUCGUAUAUCUGGCCUGGCAUCUGAAGUCAAGAUGUUACGUGAGGCAUUCGACACAGAUAUCGAUCAGGCCGCAAAGCUCGUCAAGGAAGUAGACAUCCAUGCGGUGACUGGCGCUCUCAAGCUGUUCCUUCGGGAAAUGCCCGAGCCGAUGUUUCCUCGCAUACUGUACAGCCGCUUUGUGGAGGGAAGCAAUCUGUCCAACUCGGACUCUCGUGUCAGCUGUAUGGUGUCGCUGCUGUACAGUAUGCCAGACACUAACCUGCUCACAACUCUGUACUUGAUCAAGCACUUGAAGAAUGUGAGUGAGUACGCAUCCAUGAACAAGAUGACAACUUCAAACCUGGCCACAGUAAUUGGACCCAAUGUUCUGAAGCCAAUCGAUGAUGGUGCAGAUCGUAUCGUCCUGGACAUUGGAAAUCAGGUGACUGUCCUUGGUUUCUUCCUGGACCUUCAACUUGACCUGCUGGAGCCAGAAGAGCGCGAUGUCGACGGACAAAGCGUUCAGGAGGUGCUCUCGUCAACAAGCGUUACUCGUCUCGCCCACACCGUCGUACCGUCGCGGAGUACGGACAGCCUUGGCAUUCACCACGUGGCCAGCGGCAGAGAGUCACCGCAGAGCGGCUCAAUUCACCACGGCUAUCUUGAUAUACACAACAAGACCAGUUAGAAGGAGGAGAACCCGCUCUCCAGAACACAACCAGCGACUCGCACCGCUCUGAACCCCCCCCCCCCCCCUUUAAUGUGUUCUGCUCCUUAGUGGCUAACUAUUUGUCUAUUACUGGUGAUGCCGGAGCUGGAAUCCUUUUCACUUCAUUCUGCGGCUGUUGUCCUGACGACGUAUUUUCGCAGUCCUGUCGCCGCAUGUUGGCCACUGCGGUCGCAUCGCCACUGCUACCGGGUGUGUGUGUGUGUGCGCAUGUGCUCGUGUUGCCAUGACGAAGGUGGACGAUCGCUCGCUUGUGUUCGCCACCCCUGCCGCCGCUUGCCCCCCAUGUAACGUCCCAUGUGCACACGCACUCGCGCACACACCUCACUUUGCACUCGUGCUUUUAUUGCCAGUGCAAUCACAGCCUUUGGCUUUGACCAGAGGUAUCUCUCUCUCUCCUGUACAUAGACCAUUAUCAUACCUUGCGGCCUCUGGCCCUCGCUGUUGCUGACGAAUUUGCCCAAGCUUGUCCGAAAUUGCUCGCGACGGAAAUUUAUAUUUAUUGCUCUCCUCUUCUUCUCCUGUGCCGCCGACGCGCGAUGGCCGGCGGAACUGUUUAUUCUCUUAUGCUCCCGAGUCCCGUGCCUCUGGCUUUAUCCCAUGUGCGUGCUUUGGUCUGUACGGCACACAGCGCACGCGCAUGUAAAUUCAUUGGUCUGCCAAACGGAUGCACACAAACACACGCACAUCCAGGUAGGCAGACACAGCCGAUAACUUUCAGAUUUCUUCCAAAUACUCUCCAUGACGCCAGAUGAUAUUAUUUUUUUCUCAGACAGCGCUGUCGGUAUGCACUUGAUUGUGUCUGCGCGGUGCGUAUGUAUAUCUCAGUUCAUUCGUGUGUUCGCAUGUUGUGCCAUUUUCAUCACCCUACGUAUUCUGCACUAUUGUUCCAGUGUGCUUGUCUACA